ACUCACAAGUCAAAAGAACUCUGGAAAAAGGAAAAAAAAAGAAAUGAAAAUAUACAACUUUUUUCCACUGCUACUGGUGUUAGUUCCAAAACCCUUUCCAAUCCCCACCCCAAAUUAAAUUAUUGUUUCAAUCCUAAAAGAAAAGGUGUCUUCUCCUUUCUUUAAUUCAAAAGCUCAAAUUUUUCUAUUCAUUUCACUUUUGUCUUUACCCUCCCUCCCUCUUUCCCAAUACUCUCUCUUAUUCCACUCCCAAUUCAAAUCUAGGGUUUCUUUUUAUUUCCCCCUUGGUUCUUGGUGCACUUGAGAAAAGGUUCAGAGUUGUUAGAUUCCUAGAUAGGUUUUGGAGUUGGAUGGUCUUAUAUAGCAGUAGAUUCUUGACAUUCUUCAGAAUAAGCUCUGGUGUGUGAUCUCUGACUUAGUUGUUUUUUUCAAGAUUCGACCUUUACAUUUUGUUUGUUCAGCAGAGACUCAAAGAUUGCUUUUUUUUUCUGUAAUUUUUAGUUUUGCUUUUAUGCUUAUGAAAAACCCAUCUUAAACCCUUGCUAGGAUUUAGAAAAAUUUAUACUCCUUGUGUUUAUGAUUUUUUUUGCUGAAUUUUUAUGCAUUUUGAUCUCUGUCAAUUCAUUUUCCCUGAGGAGAAUUAGUUCUAGAAGGAUUCAGAGACUAGAUCUUCUGGGUUAGUUGUCCAAUUCCCUGAUUGGUAAUUGUAGAGGGAUUCAAAAGCUUUGAAAUUUUGCUUAGUAAAUGCAUGGAUGUCAGGGAAGGAAUGUCACUCUAUGGGUCACCUUACUAUUUCAAUAGAGGGGUUAGUGGGCCUGGUAGUUCAGGGGUUAGGUCUGAUGGUGGAGGCGGCGGCAGUGGUAGUGGUGGUGGUGGUGGUGGUGGUGGUGGUGGUGGUAGUGGUAGUGGUAAUGGUAGUGGUAGUGGUGGUGGUGGUAGGCGACCAAUGGGGAUGCCAACUCCCUCUGGGUUCAAGCCCCUUUCGAACCCGAACAUUGCAGUUCAGUCCAAUGUUGGGGGAGGAGGGGCUGUGAGUUCUGCAUUCCAAGUUGAGAACCCUUCAACCAAUUUUGCUCGAAACAUUGACAUAGGUAUGACCUCCAAUGUCACACCGGGUGAUCCGGUGAAAAAGAAAAGAGGCAGGCCAAGGAAGUAUGGUCCCGAUGGGUCCAACAUGUCUUUAGCACUAUCUUCCAUGUCCUCCAGGCCUUCGCCAGGGUCCAUAACUCCCGGACGAAAGCGGAGUAAAGGAAGGCCUCGUGGAACCGGGUGGAAGCAACAAUUAGCUCCCCUUGGUGAUUGGAUGAAUAGUUCAGCUGGACUGGCAUUUACGCCACAUGUCAUACACAUUGGAAUAGGAGAGGAUGUAGCAGCAAAAAUAUUAGCAUUUGCAGAACAGAGGCCAAGGGCUUUAUGUAUAUUGUCGGCUAAUGGUACAGUUUCUGCUGUAACACUGCGACCACCAGCAAGUUCUGGUGCCACCGUCACAUAUGAGGGUCGUUUUGAUAUACUGCGCAUGUCUGGUUCAUACUUGGUUGCUGAAAAUGGUGGCCCGCGCAACCGUAUUGGUGGACUAAGUAUUUCUGUUAGUAGUCCCGAUGGGCAUGUCCUUGGGGGCGCAAUUGGUGGCCAACUCAUGGCAGCUACUUCAGUUCAGGUGGUAGCGUGCAGUUUUGUACAUGGCAAUACAAAUGCAAAGAACAAGACAGAGAAUAGUGCAAGAGAUGACAUGGACUCUGCGAUCCGGUCUGCUGAGAAAUCCCAGACUCCUGUUAUCACUACACCAAUUCAAAACCGUGCUCCAAAUAUGGCUGUUUGGCCUUCUUCGAGUUCCAGGACAGAUAUGAGAAGUUCCCAAACAGACAUUGAUCUAACGCGUGGAUGAAGCAAUCUUCGUGCAAAUCAACACAUGAUGAUUUUGUACAUAUGUGUUGUAAAUGAAAAUGCACCAGGAAAUCGUCAACUUUUUUAACUUGCUAACUCACACUGGUAGCAAGACUCCAUUUUAGGCUGUUUCAGUGUGCCAGUGGCAAUACAGAAGAAGAUUAUGGCUGUUGAAAAAGAAACAAACAAACAAAAAAUUUGCAUGAUCUCACUUUGUAGCCAGGUGUUGUGGUUAACCUUUGAUAAUCCAAAAAUUUGAUGAAGGAACAUAUGAUUGUUGGUGUCCCUGUUGGGUAUCUCUUUGUUCUUGUUGUAACUUGAAUAUUUGAUUGUACAACAUAACAUGGAUUCCAGUUUUAAAAUGACCAUUAUUUUUUUCUUCA